AGAACGGAACCACCGGAAGUGACAGGAAAAGUUUAAAGAAUUUAUAGGUCCAUUCAGGGAAUUUUUAUUUUUAUUUUUUACCCCAUUCUGUUGGAGUCUGCGUAAGGGGGAGAAAGGAGAGAAGAACUCAUCUUCGCUCUCUUCGCUGAACGCCCAUCUCUUCUUCCAUCGAUCUCCCGGCCGCAGCGAAAGAGAGCAGCCAUGUCUUCUCCCAGCAAGCGCCGUGAAAUGGACCUGAUGAAACUGAUGAUGAGUGAUUACAAAGUGGAGAUGAUAAACGAUGGGAUGCAGGAGUUCUACGUUGAUUUCCAUGGACCCAAAGAAAGUCUUUAUCAGGGGGGUGUGUGGAAGAUCAGGGUGGAAUUGCCAGAUGCGUACCCUUACAGGUCUCCUUCUAUUGGAUUUGUCACUAAGAUCUGUCAUCCUAAUGUAGAUGAAAUGUCUGGUUCAGUUUGCUUGGAUGUCAUCAACCAGACGUGGAGCCCCAUGUUUGAUCUUGUAAAUGUUUUCGAAGUUUUUCUCCCACAGCUACUUUUGUACCCCAACCCAUCUGAUCCGCUAAAUGGAGAAGCUGCUGCACUCAUGAUGCGUGAUCGACCUGCUUACGAACAAAAAGUGAAAGGGUGUACAGAUAGGAUGACUGCCCACCUCCAGAUUGGCCUUCAACAUAAAUGAAUAUUGCGAGAAAUAUGCAAAGCCUGAAGAUGCUGGUGCUCCCCCAGAAGAACAAUCAAGUGAUGAAGAGCUGAGCGAAGAUGAGAGUGGUUCCACUGAUGAGGAUUCAGUGCCUGGGAAUCCAGAUCCUUAAGUUGAUAUGUCCCAUCUGAUACCCUGAUUCCUGUUUGUAUCAGUUUCCUAUGUUGCUCUGUAAAUAUGUGUACUCUGUGAUCAUAUUGUUUUAAAUGUCUUUGUGAUCGAACUGCAAUUGGACACGCAUGAACCGGAAUUAUGGAUCAGUUGCAUAACGCCUUCA